GAAACCACAAACAUAGCUGCAUCAGCCACGGCCCACCACACAGGGAACAUCCACAGUGGAGGCACAAUCUGCUGUACUGAAUUGGCACCGUUGUAAGAAGGAGUUCAGCGACUUCACCAAACACCUGACAGACUAGGCCAUGAAGCCCGUGGGCGUGUCUUACCUGCUCCUGCUGAGCACUAUCAGCCUUACUGGCAUCGCUCAAGCUCAGAACUGCUCCGUACCAGUCGCAGGACCCAACAUGCAUUUGAGUGAAAAUGACAUAUUCACAACACAUUUCGAAAAUGGAUCAGAAGUUACCUUUGUCUGUGAUGUUGGCUAUGCAUCUGCGGGAGGCGCUCGGAAGAUCAUCUGUAUUGCUGGCACUUGGAGUCAAGUCAAUCUGAAAUGCGAGAGGAAAAAUUGUGGCUCCCCUGGAGAAGUGGAAAAUGGAGAGUUCCUAUAUCAAGAUACUCUGUUUGGGGACAAGGCUGUGGCUCGGUGCAAUCCUGGUUACAUGAUGGUUGGCCAAAAUGAAAGGAUUUGUAGAGACGGAGGUUGGUCUGGCCGGGUGCCUGUAUGUGAAGUGGUGACUUGUGAGCCGCCGCCUCAGGUGGAGAAUGCAUCCCCUUUCACUCCGCAGAGAGACAGCUACAGUUACAGAGAUGUUGUACAAUACAAGUGUCAAAAAGAUUUCACACUCAACGGAUCAUCAUCAUUAACUUGUUCAGAAAAUGGACAUUUCACACCAGAUCCUCCAAAAUGUAUCAAGGUUAUUUGUGAGGAUCCUAAUAUUGCAAAUGCUCACUUUGAGAGUGGUGCUCGACCCCCUUAUGGAUACAAGGCGUUUGUCGUGUUCCGGUGUAAUACUGGAUUUGUUAUGGAAGGGAGACCUGGUCUGACAUGUACAAUUGAUGGCCAGUGGUCGCCUAAACCUCCAAUAUGUAAACAAGCGCCAACCACAAUGACACCCACUACAACCACUACUACAACAACUACUACAACCACCACUCAUCGCCCAAACAGAACGCCACCCUCAGUUGAUGCCACUGUUCCUCCCCCCACUGGGUCGUCCCACAGCCACGCAGUUGGUAUUGGUAUUGGUGUUGCUGUUGCUGUUGUGAUAGUUGCCACUGGCAUUUAUUUGUAUGCAAAAAGAAACUCCAAGAAGAAAAACCACACUCUGGGUGAUGAUGAUGCUGGAAAAUCACACCAAAAAGAUCAACAAGAGCCUUUAGCACUUGCGCCUGCGGAUUUGCCCUAAUGAUGGUCUGUUAUAAUGGAGUGUAAACCUGACUUGCUGAGGAGCCAGGAUGUCACUGGAUCAGUUUUUGAUUGUAUUUGCACCCAAUAUGUGCAUGUGGACAGCACUACAGAUUAAGGCUGCAGAGUCCAAGAAGAGGAGCGCCUUGUCUGUUUUCAAAUUUUGCAUCAAAUUGGAAAUAGGAUAAGUCUGUUGCUUCUGCUUAAGUCUGCCAUUGAUUGGUUGGUAACUAUUUAAUGUGUGCUUCAAAGAUUUUUCAAAUACCACCCUCCUAUUAUGGUUAAAUUCACUGCCAUUUUAAUGAUUUUAUUUUAUUUCAUUUUUUAUUUUAUCACAUAUCUACUGCUUUUUACCCCCUGCAAAUACAGGGGAAUGAAGGAUAUAAUCACAUGUCAUUGGAAAGGCUUGAAAUCUGCUUUUUUUUCUCUUCUAAAUUAUAAUGUAGCACUGUAGAUCUCAGUAGAGCCUUGCCAUGGUGAUAAUACACUUAAACCUGUUUAAACCCAACAUGCUGCACUGCUCAGAAUAAGCAAAAUCAGCAGUUAAUAUGCGCAAGACCAACCGAGAGUACUGUUUGGAUGAUGUUGACGUGUUGAAAUGUUAAGUGAAAUUUAAGAUUUAACAGUGGCUGUGGUUUAAGGACUAAGAACAAAGUAGAAACACUUGCUUAUCAACUCCAUGUAGUGAUGUUUUUUUUUUUUAAAUAACACACCAAACAGCCAAGAAACCCAUACUCCAGCCUUUUACUUUCAAUUCAUAUGUUGACUGGCCUGUUACUGUGAACAGAUUACUGUAAAUCUACACAAUUAAGGAAACGUUUAUUUCAAAUUCCAUAAAACAGCAGCAGGGUGGUAUCUGUUUGAGUUCAUAUGAAAUCUGCUAAUCACAAAAAGAAAGAGCAGUGAGAUAUGUAAAGAAAGUGUUGUUUAGUGCCUAAACAUGAUUGUGAUACUAGAAUGUCUCUUAUGCCUUAAUGGCGAAGGCCAAGUAUUUGAGUCUUGCCAUUUCAGUUGAAAUGUGUGUAUAUGUGCAUGUGUGUAUGGGCCUAGGUGAACUCCUAUGGUGUAAAUAAUAGCGUUGGCUUCAGUUACUGGAAGCUUACGUCUGGCUUACCUAUUUAGGCUACAAUAAACCUUCAGCCAUGGCCAUCAUGCACUCUGGUUUCUGUGCCCUGUAGCUUCACCCAUUUGAUGUAAAACAUCCUCAACACAGUAAAGGCUUAAAACAUUUUUGUACAAGAAUUCAAUCACUUUUCACUGGUGUUUUUUCAAAACUCAAGUGAAAGGUGAUGUUAAAAAAAUUAACAUUCCACAGAAAACAAGUUUGACCAUCUUAUCACUAAAUACAGGCUUGCUUCCAGACAAGUAUUGUGUCAGCUACAUAAAGAUGACUGUAGCUUUAAAAAUAUUGCACUUACAUUUUUUGUCCCUGUUUGGAUUAUUUAUUAGAUGUGUGUGUAAAUAUCUUGUUGAUAGUUUGUACUGUGUUGAAGCUAGGGGGAAAAGAUGAAAUUUUUGCUUUUUAUCAAUCACUGCAAUAAAAUAAUUUGGCGAUAUGAA